GUCGCGCUUAUUUCGCUUGUCAACUUGUCAGGACAUCAUCCUUUGCAUAAAAUCGAUCUCUUUCUUGUGUCAGUGCAGGUCGAUUCUCGAAAAGUCCUUGCCCGCGACAGGUGCUUCCAAAGGGUUUCGAUUCCAACCUUUCAAGUCAUGCUUAAGAAAGUCCUUUCAAAAUCCGGCAGAAGGAUUUUGCGGGCGAUUAAGAAGCUCUCAACAUCGAGUGGGCUGGCAAAAAAGUCGAGGCCUCCAACGCCGGAGAUGAUUCCCUGGCAUUCAAUCAUCUCAGAUGCUGAGGAACCAGAGAAUCUUGAUGCCUUGUCUUUAUCUUGCUCAUUGCCUUCCCUAGAUACCAAAAGCAUCGACACGCAUGUCACAUAUGUGGCUGAGGGAUUAGAUUCUCUCAAUUCCCUAGCCGAAUGCACAUCACACUGUUGCUACUGCAACGAGCACGAAGAAAAUCAAAGAAAUGAAAACAGAGAAAACGAAAUGAUCAACUAACAAUUACAAAUUAAUAUCAUCCAAAGUUCAUUUAUGGUCUUGUUUUAUUCUCUAGAUUUAUAUUUUUAUCUUGAUCGAAACUUAUACAAUUGAAGUAAAAACAAAGUUUCACCAAAGAAAAACUGAGAGGGAAAAAGAAAAAUAUGUGAAAGGAAAGGAAAUUUUAUUUUGUUUAAGGCUAGGCACCUUUUUAUGAAGAAAAUUUUCGAAACGACCAAUGUCUAAAUUCUACACUUUUGCACGAAGAUUUUUCGAAAAGAAAUCUAUUUGAAGGAAAUUUUAAUAUGUAUUCAAAAAAGCAGAAGUGUGAGUUUGAAUUUUUGAAAAGUGUGAUAUAUGGUCUUUGUCUAUAAUGAAUUCAAAAUUCAAUUGAAAUAUUGAAACAUUACUCAUAGUUUAGCUACAUAUAUUCUCAAUGCCCACUCUGCAAGCCGACGCACAUUUCAUACGUUCCUACUAUUAAAAAAUUUUUUUUGUAAGUUUGAAAUAUUUUAAACUAUAAUUAAUAAUUUCGAAUUGACAACGUUCCAAAUAAAAUAAUUUUAGAUUUGAUACAAUUUUGAUGAAAGAACAAUAUUUUGAAUGGUAUGAAAAGGGAUUGAACUUGUACCAUUUCUUAAUAACAGCGUCGAAAAGUAAAUAAGUUUUCAUUAAAAGUGCUGAAACUGAAAAAAUUAUUAUUCAGAAGCUCUCAACAUUUUAAAAUUUCAGUCUGAUAUGUUGAAAACUGGACAGCUUUAUUGUAAAGGACUCAAACUGUAUCAUUUUUAAUUCAAAGCGUUCAAAAUUGUACAAUUUUAUUUUGAAUUGAAGGAACUAGAGAUUGAAAUGAUUUC